AUGCUGUCUCUCGUUUCUUUCCUUUUAUUUUCUAAUCUCGCCCUGGGCUCCCCAGUGGCUCAGUCUUUGGAGAACGACCUGUUGAAACGCGGGGGCGAAUCCAACUGCUCGUGCGUUGAGUCGACCGUCGUCGAAUGGGUCAGCAGCGAGCGCUUCUCCGCGGCGGCAACGUCUGCAAAGGCCCCUACCGGCUACACCCAGACUCUCACCAAUGGUACUUCGUGGAAGUCGGGCGACGCCUUCCUCGGAUACACCGAGAUUGAUGAGUACGACAGCAGCAUCUGUGCGUCACUGUGUGACUCUUUGGAGGAGUGCUCGUCUUUCAACGUCUACUUUGAGAAGAAGGCCGGCAGUGCAGACUCGAUCGUCAAGUGCGCCUUCUGGGCUGGAUACAUCGAAGUCGAGGUCACCACCGCGACGACUGCGGUGAUUGCAGGCUGCAACGGCUACACCAAAAACACCGUCACUGUUCCCAAGGGGUUCGAGACUCCUUCGUGGUUGGGCGGAGCUGCUAUUCACCCACCCCAAGGCUCCGGUUACUUCAUCGGCUCCAAGGUCUUCCAGGAAUCCUUCGACACCUCGCGUUGUGCUGCCGAGUGCCAGUCUCACGGCUGUGCGUUCUUCAACACCUACAUAGUCUCCAAGAACGGUGUCGUCGAGGGUCAAUACUGUGACCUGUACACUGUGGUCAUCGGAAAGGAGUGGGCCACUGAGACUGGAAGCUCCAACGGCAACACCAACUACACCAUCUCCAAGAGUUUCACUUGCGGUUGGGCUGGUGCUAACCACGGUGCCGGCGAGAGCCACAAGUCAUCCCUCCCACAAACCACCAAGCCUGCCGGCUCUAACAAGGGCGGCUCAUGGGAGCAUGACCACCCAUGGCAUGGAAGCAAACCCGGACCAAAGACCACCACUACCACCACCACCACUGUUGCGAAGACCACCUCCACUGGCGCUUCUCAGUGGGCUGACUGGGGCUUUGAUCACAAGAAGUCUAGCACUACUACCGGUACCACCAGCAACGGUGCAGUGACCUCAUCGACCACGAGCGCAGGUCACCCAUCUUCGUCCACCACCACCAGUGCCGGCAGCCCAUCUUCGUCUACCACCACCAGCGCUGGAAGCCCGUCUUCGUCUACUACUACCAGCGCUGGAAGCCCGUCCUCGUCUACAACUACCAGCGCUGGAAGCCCGUCGUCGACUACCACCACCGAAGGAGGUCACCCAUCCUCGUCCACCACUACCAGCGCCGGAAGCCCGUCUCCAUCUACCACUACCAGCGCAGCAAGUCCAUCCUCGUCUACCACCGCGUCUUCAACUGUGCCUGUUGGACCGACCUCCUCGCAAUCGACCAGCACCUCGGGACUCAGCUUCCACCGAGACCACAGCUACCACACAGGGCAGCUCAACCACCAGUGGUCACCCGCACCACACCCACACCACUCACACCCGGCCGCACCAUUCGUCCAAGACCAGCUCGACCAGCACUACUAG